AUGUAUUUUGGUUUUUUAGGCGAAUUGGAGGCAGGUUGUUUGGACUGCACUGGCUGUUUAAAAGACUCGUACACUUCGUCGUACUGGAACUCUGACGAGUCCAAAUCAGACCUGUCCUUACGAACAUACUGUUUCGAAGACUCCUCUGUGGACUCGUCCGAAUCGUCGCCAAAAGCAGACGUUUUUUGCACUUUCACCUUUCCCAGCUUCAUUAAUGGCUUCGACUGGUUUUCUAUUCCGGGGAUGGCUCCUGAAGAGAAACUGACGGCUCCCAAACCCCAUCCGUCGGUGUCGUUCGGGUUUUCGCCAUCUUCCUCCACCUCCUCCAUUAUGACCAACCCGUCGCUCCAGAUGCAGCAGCAGGCAACAGGCCCAAACCAGCCGUACAACCAACAAAACGCACACAAUCACCACUCCUCUGAUGCAAUCAGCAAACAGGACCCGAUUUCCGACAUGUUCAGCAAACUCCAGGUCACAGGCAUGGAUCGGCGAGUCCACAGCGACGACAACAUCAGUCUCGGAUACAAGCCUCAAACAAUGGCAGAGCUGACCGGAGACUCCAAGAAAGACCCAAUCACGUUCUCAAAUAGCACAGACACAUUGAUCGCGCAGGAUGACAACCACAUUCCUCUGUCUCUGACAGCAAACGACCUUUCACGGCCCGAGGCCAAAACGUAUCUCCGCUGGUACAACGACAUCCUGAUGCGGAGAAAUGGCGAGAGAACCAUCACUUUGGACGAUGUGUUCCGAUUUCUCUGUAACUUCAGGAUCUCCGAUGCCAUCAAAACCAGAAUGAAAGAGAUUUUUGGCAAAGUGGCAUUGUCUUUGAACAUUGGCCAAUUCUACGCUCUGUUGAGACUAUUGGCUCACGCAUUGGAGGGAAAAGUGCUCAAGAGAUCGUUGAUCAAAGUCCCUGCCACAAUCCCUACACCAGUGUCCAUCAUGGCUCGCAAAAGAUUAAAAGAUGAAAUAGAAAGCACAGACAAUUCCGAGACAAGCUCGAUAGACGAAUCAUCGGCAGCUUUGAUCAACCAGUCGCCAAAUAAACUAGAUCUGGAUUCUUUCACGCAAUUCAUUCUCACGGGAGAAAGACCGUCAGAGUCUCCAAAAAAGAAGAACAGGUCAGGCAAGAAAGUCAAGUUUUCUGACCAAGUCAUCAUCGAGCCUCCGCCACUCGAAAUGAACCGCACUGGCUCGAGCGACGCGAUGGCAGAUUCUCCAAGUUUGGACUAUUCCUUGCCAAUGGACCAAUUGCUGUCACGCAUGAAAACACCAAAUACAUCAAACUACCCGCAGCAACAGCAAAGCACCGAAGAGGAGGAAGAGGAAUUACGAGACAUGCAGGACUCUAUCAACCAUUUCCGGAACGUCACCAUCGACAGCGUUUCUAUACAUGGAACACCAUCCAGCGUUCCUACUUUGCAGGUCAAUGGUGGGUCUCCGGAAAGCGAACUGCCACCGGUGGUUCCUUUGGCUCCAAAUCUCACUGGAAGUGUGUCGAAGUCCAUGAGAAACCAAUACAACAUGCCGCCAACAAGAGACAGAGGGUCUUCAUCGCCGCUUCCUUUUGGAACCCACCCUCGCGUGUCGUCACCACUUGCUCGAUCUGAAGCGGUUUCUGCCGAUAGCGCGACACAAUUUUUGGAGGCUGCCAUGACAGGGGGGCCAAGCAGUCCCGGAAGUCCUGGGCCAGACCACUUCCGUCCUGUGCCACCGCCUCCUCCACCGUCCCGGAGCCGUGCGUCCUCUGUUUUGCGCCCACCAGCGCCUCCACCUCCAAGAUCGCGCAAAAACUCCUCGCCUCCGAUACUGGACCAUCCAGCUCUGCCCCCUAAACCGAUUUUGACCGAGUCCCAGCGCCAACACCACAUUAGCUCGUCGAACCUCACACCUGGAUUCAACCCGACGUUUGACCAGAGCUCCGACCUGCUCAACAGCCUCAAGAGCCUGCAAGCGGAGGUUGAUCGAAUCAAAACCAACGACACGGUCGGAGUUGUGACCGGGCUGAUGUUUGGAGGUAUGGCCAUUUUGAGAAAUGGAGCUCCAAACGGCAUCAUGAACACGCUGGGCCAGUACAUUGCCGGUUCUGCGGCCACGUUUGGGCUUUUCAUGUCGAUUGGAUCUGUGAUCAGAUCAGAGAGCGCACACGAUAUGACGAUGAGCCGACCAGGAUCCAUGGCCGAGCUCAAGGCACAUCUGAUGGCUCGCCACAUGGUCAACAUGGAGCACAUGAAGAAAAACUGUUAA